AGAGUUUGCAGGUGCAUCUGAAGGAGGGAGGGAGAGAGAGCGAGAGAGAUGGGAAGGGCUCCGUGCUGCGACAAGUCAAAGGUGAAGAAAGGGCCUUGGUCCCCUGAAGAGGACACCAAGCUCAAGGAGUUCAUAGAGAAAAACGGCACUGGGGGUAAUUGGAUCGCACUCCCGCAAAAAGCUGGGCUAAAGAGAUGCGGGAAGAGCUGCAGGCUGAGAUGGCUCAACUAUCUAAGACCAAACAUCAAGCAUGGAGACUUCUCUGAGGAUGAAGACAGGAUCAUCUGCACACUGUUUGCUACAAUUGGAAGCAGGUGGUCUAUCAUAGCAGCACAAUUACCAGGGAGGACCGAUAACGAUAUCAAGAAUUACUGGAACACUAAGCUGAAGAAGAAGCUCUUAGGAAUUCCUGCAUCACAGAGAAAAUCAAAUCAACAGAUCAAGCAGCAGCAGCAGCAACAACAACAAUUUGUUUUCUCAUCUUCUACUAACAAAAAUAUUGCCAACUCAUCAUCAUUGACAUCUCAUCAUCUCUUCGAUGCCCAUGAUCUCUCUCAUCAGUAUCAGACAGAGGAUCAAAGGAGCAAUCUCCUAGUUUUUGGAGGGCAGGAUCAGAGCUCCAGCUCCUCUGAUGGAUUAGAGGAGAGUGGCUUUGAGAAUAAUUACAUUUAUGGUGGAUUUGAUGGCAUGAACAACCCUCUGCUCUGUAAUCAAGAACCUUCUUGGAUAGAUUUGGGUGGUAAUUAUGGAGAGAUUAAGCAUGCGAUUAGCCUUAAUGACGGUUAUACUAGCCUCCUUCAAGAACCAAGCAGCGCAAACAUCAGCUUCAAAACCCAAGAAAGAGACAUGUAUUCCCACAACUUCAACAUACAUUGGUCUUGAUUUCUGUCUGUCUUUUUUUAUUUAUUUUUGUAGCCUUUAAGCAUUGAAUUUGAUGAAGAUUGUAAGUGUGGUUUGUAGAUUAAAUCUAAAAAAGUACAGAGUUCGAGCUUUAUUUAAUUAAGAAUCUACAAUUUUGGCAUCUGGUUUUGAACUGCGAUUCUUCGCUUGGCACUAAUAAGUUGCAGCGCAGAAUAUGUGUCGUGACGUUCAUUUUUUUAAGUUCGUCAUGUUACUUGUGAAGGGAGAUUC